AUGGCGCUUCACGAGUCGAUGUCACAGCUGCCAAAGGCCCUAUCCAGGAGGUUUACGCCCGCCUUCUCCUCCCAGCUCCCAGCAUACCGCCGCAAUGCCUCUUCAGAAUCAUCGCCGCUUAACGACCUUGAACCUGUGUCGUCCUUUACCACUCCACCGCCGCCAGAAGACCUUAUAAAGGAGUUCGAUCCGCUAGGAAGAAGUCAGGCUCGUAAACAAGAACUUCCACGAAGUCGCUACCAAUAUCGAUCUCCAAAAUACUACCGUGGUCCUCUAAACCCUCACAGACCUCCACCACCAUCACACCCGUCCUCGCGUCUCUUCGUUCCGGGCCCGUUCAGUUUACCUCGAGUCCAACAAACGUUUGAUUCAACCGUAGCCUCCGACAUCCUCGCGCUUUGUUACGUACAUAAACCACAUGGCUUUAAAGCACCCCCAGUUCGCGAACGUCUACGAUCUUGGGACGACAGCUCGCCAUACCAUAAGAACCGACCGCUCCGUGGCCCCAGAGGUGGUGAUGUCUUACGCCUGCUCAGGAAACCAAUUACAUUCAACAAUGUCCCCGAACUCUCAGGAGUAACGGUUCACAGCUACGUCAAGGGUGCCGUGAAGAAUGGAUCUGGCUAUCUGCACGUAGCCGGUAUGGCGCUGCAGGCCAUCACAAACGUCAGGGUGAGAACGCACAAGACGAGAACGGGUGUACCGCAAUGGGGGUUGAUUGCCGGCCACAGACAUGUUGCGGCCACUGCCGAGCUGAAGGGAGAGGAUAUGCAGCACUUCUUCAGCAAGUUGGUGGACGUCGUGAUGCCCAAGUUUAAAGACUGGAAGGGAGUUAAGAAUACCAGUGGUGAUGGCAGUGGAAACAUUACCCUGGGUCUCGAGCCAUCGAUGGUUGCCAUGUUCCCUGAAAUUGAGGUCAACUAUGAUAUGUAUCCUUCACAUAUGAUUCCUGGUUGCCACAUUACCAUUCACACCACCGCCCGUACUGACAAGGAUGCGAGACUCCUGCUUAACGCUUUGGGCGUUCCAUUCAAUGGGAAACUCCCGAACUAA